AUGGAUUUUUUUGAGGAGAGAGAUUUUUCUUUUCAGCAGCAGGUGCCAGCUAUUGUGAGGAACAUUUACCAGAGUCUGGUGUCCUAUGUCCCUGUGGAUGCCAGUCAGCAAACUGACAUAGUGAGGCUGGCUGAAGAAGACCCUAUUGAUGUGGUGCUGACCCUCCUGUGCUGUGCCCCAUCGUGUGACAGGUUUGCAGUGCAGGCCAUGAAAUCUCUGUUCUGCCGACUGCGGUGUGACAAUGUGGUCAUGGAAAUGGGACGCAAGUGUGGCUGGGAAACGCUGCUCCGUGCUGACACCCAGCACUAUGCCGUGGGUCUGUUGGCCAGGUGCCUGCGGGGCAAGACUGUGGGCCUUGCUGGCCCGUGGCCUUCCCAAGACUUUUCUUUUGCAGGUGCCUUCAAGGCCAGACUCCGGUACUUGGUGACCUGGAGCUUUUCUGAGGCAUCUCCCAUCCUUCUGACCUCUGUCCUCAAGGCAUCUCGCCUUAAGGUGCCUUUGAGGCAGGAUUCCAUCAUGGCAGGCAGAUUCCUCAACCUGUUCAAAGUGUUCCGACGGAACAGAAACACAGACCGUGGAGCUGCCCCAGCAGAACAGCCGGAAGAGCUGGAGCAGUUCCAACCACUGCAGGAUGAUGCAGCCAUGGACAAGAGACAAGAGCAGGAACCUGCCCAGGGCCGCUUCCGCAAAACGCUGAAGAGGUUCCGCAAAUUCUUGCGUAUUCGGCGUAGCCAGCCUGCUACCGGGGUAGCAGAACUGGAGGUCUCCCAGGAUCCUGUGCCCCUUCAAGCCACAUCCACAGGGCCCCCUCAGCCUUUGAGGCCAGCAGAGUGUGAUGGGACGGUGCCAGCCAUUGUGAGGAACAUUUACCAGAGUCUCGUGUCCCAUGUCCUUGUGGAUGCCAGUCAGCAAACUGACCUUGUGAGGCUGGCUGAAGAAGACCCUACUGAUGUGGUGCUGACCCUCCUGCGCUGUGCCCCAUCGUGUGACAGAGCUGCUGCAGUGAUGUGGCAAGCCAUAGCCUCAUCAGGACAAGCAGUGAAGAGAGUGGUGCCAAUACUGCUCUGUGUGAUGGAGAACUGGCCACUUUGCAACAUCUGCACCUCUGAUGGGGACAACAAAGAUGUUUUUUCCUUGAGUGCAACUCUGGUGCUCUGGGUGAUGGUCCAGAUGCCUCAGUGCCAUGAGGCGAUGGUCAUUUAUACCCCUCGCAUUUUUGCGGCUCUGCUGUUCCAAGUUGUCAUCACCACACAGCAGAUGCCACCAGAGGAAUUUGACAGCUUCUGGAGAGCAUGCCAGGAGGAACACCACCUUCCCAGCAACCCCAACAGCUUUGCAGUGCAGGCCAUGAAGGCUCUGCUCUGCCGACUGGGGUGCUCCAAAGAGGUGAUGGCUAUGGAGCGCAAGGGUGGCUGGGACACGCUCCUCUGUGCUGACACCCAGCACAAUGCCGUGGGUCUGCUGGCCAGGGAGAUGUGCCAUGGAUUGGCCCCCUUCUGUACCCGCAUUGCAAUCCACCUGCUCAAGGCACUCGCCAGGGAUAAGCCACCCUGGGAUCUGUCCUCCCUGGCAUUCCUUGUGGAGGUCCUUGAGUACUUAGAUUUGACUACAUACGGUGACGGUGUCCUUGAGAUGGUGUCAAGGCACCUGCAGAGCGAGUGCAGGCAGAGGCGUCGCCUGGCGCUCAGAGGCCUCGUGGUGCUCAGCAAGGAUCCCUCGAUGGCCAUAAGGAUGUGCAGCCUGUCUCAACGCCUUCAGGACCUGCUGGGUGAUGCAGAUGGAAAUGUGGUUGUCAUGACCCUCCGUGUGUUCAUCAAUAUGCUCAAGAAUAAAGACAUCGUGGUAUGCAGCACCACUGCUCCAAAGCUGGCUCAGGCACUCAUGCUGCUCUUUGAUCACGGCCACAGCCAUGUGCAGUUGCUCUCCCUUGACCUCUUCUUCAUGACAAUGGGCUUGGUUGUGGAUGAGGGAAAGAAGCCUCUGGAGAAGAUUUUGAACCAGAGCCUGCUUCCACUCUUCAUCCACUGCCAUGAUGAGAACUGGCGUGUGGCAAAGGCCUCUCAGCAAACGCUGCUUCGUGUGGCCGACUUUCUCAAGAGGAGGAAUCUCAAGCAGCUGUUGAGAAAAGAGCAGCUGUGGGAGUUUGCUGACUGUCUGGUAAGAACGGCCUGGAGAAGCCCAAAUUUGAGAAGCUCCCUGCCCCCAGUGCUCAGUGUGUGGAGCUGGCAGCUGUGGCCCAGUGCUGCACCCAUGGGAGACAGCCUGUGCCCCACACACCGCUCCCUUCCCUGGGCUGCACGGCUUCUUCUCCAGGCUCCUGUGGCCCCGAGCCGGGUGCCGAUGGAGCCCCAGCCCUGUGGGGCUGCGGGCCUGGGGGGCAGCGCGGCUCCCCGGGCAGCAGCCGGCCCUCUGCCCCCUCCAGAGCCCGGCGCCAGUGGCUGCUGCCCGGUCCUCGACUGCCUGGAUUUGACUAAAUACAGUGACUAUGUCCUUGAGAUCGUGUCAAGGCACCUGCAGAGCGAGUGCAGGCAGAGGCGUCGCCUGGCGCUCAGAGGCCUCGUGGUUAUCAGCAAGGAUCCCUCGAUGGACCUGCUGGGUGAUGCAGAUGGAGAUGUGGUCAGCAUGACCCUCCAGGUGUUCAUGAAUAUGCUCCAGAAAAAAGAAAUUCUGGUAUCUAGCACCACUGGCCCAAAGAUGGCUGAGGCACUCCUGGCACUUUUUGACAACGACAACAGCCAUGUACGGCUGCUCUCAAUUAACCUCUUCUGCAAGGUGAUAGAGUUGGUAGUGGAUGAGGGAAAAAAGCCCCUGAAGACAAUUGUGAACAAGAGCUUGUACUCACUUUUAAUCUACUCUCAUGAUGAGAACCGGCACGUGGCAAAGGCCUCUUGGGAGGCACUGCUUUGUGUGGCCAAGUUCCUGCAGUGGAAGAAUCUGGAGCAGCUGCUGAAGAAGGAGCAGCCUUUGAAAUUCAAGGAGUGCCUG